UGCCUCCAAGUCUAUGCAAGAGUUUGCCCUCACACUCCAUGGAAUGAUGAUAAAAACAAUCUCACCUUCGUUCUAUGUUUUUCAAUGGGCCAAUAACUAGCGACCCGCGAGAUGAUCCAAAUCGUAACAAAUCAAACAUUGAGAGGGAUUCGGUGCGCGACGGAUGGCGCGGAAGGGACGGUGUCAGCUCGGUGCUCUAUGCGCAUGCGUACCGUCCUCUCAUCCGUUUCGUGUCGCGAACCGAGGCAUUCCCGUGAAGACGAUCCGAGAGCGGGCACUUUGUAGCUAUCCGUGAGUCCUCGUCCGAUAAUGUAUAAAUAUUGAGCCAGUCUCUGCGCAACUUAUCCCUCAUUUGAACUCGCACUUCACACACACCCGUUUUAUUUCUCAUUUUUAUUACUGCACCUCAUUGUUGCUUUGAUAGCAUCAUGUCUGGUACCUUUGCUGCCGAUAUCCCCGACUUCACCAACCAGGUCAUCGACAAUGGGCGUCUUCGCCUUGUCGAGGCCAUUGGUGAAGGCGCUAUGGGGGUUGUGUACCGUGCGGUUGAUGAGUCUUCUGCCGGCUCUUCUUCAUCUGGUAUGAAGGAGUAUGCUGUCAAGGUUCUUGUCAAGGCGGAUGCCUACACUGUUCAGGGGCAAUGCCAAUCCAGGGAGAUUGUAAUGCAUCAAAUUGCAUCCGAGCAUCCUAGUGUCCUCACUCUUCAUAAAGUCAUUGAGGAGGAUCGUUUCAUCUUCCUCAUCGUUGACUAUUGCCCUGGUGGCGAUUUAUUCAACGUCAUCGUCGAACGUCGCUCAUUCUGUCACAAUGACUACCUCGUGAAGAAGGUCUUCAUCCAAAUUUUGGAUGCAGUCCAAUCUAUUCACGAGAAGGGGAUCUAUCAUCGUGAUCUUAAACCCGACAACAUUUUUGUCAACGCCGAUGGAACUGAGGUUUUCCUCGGUGACUUCGGCCUUGCCACUGAUGUUGAUGAAUGUGUGCAAUUCGGCUGUGGUAGCUCGUAUUAUAUGAGCCCAGAAUGUAUCGGCGAGGAGUAUAGCUUUAUCCCUUACUCUCCCGAGAAAAACGAUAUCUGGGCUCUUGGUAUCAUCCUCACCAACAUGAUCGCGGGGCGUAACCCUUGGACGUUCGCUACCAGCAGUGAUGGCAAUUUCCUUCGUCAUCUUGCUGAGUCGGACUUCCUUUCGAAGAUGCUACCUAUAUCCAAGCAAGCCGAGGCUUUGCUUUGUCGCGCCUUCACAUUCAACCCCUACUCUCGUAUCUCCCUAAAGGAGUUUCGGGAAGAGGUUAUGGCGAUCGACACCUUCUUCCUCACGGAGAAGGAGCUUGUCUUUGCUUCGAAACACGCCAGGGAAGUUGCUGCAUCUUAUGCAGCCCCUGUGCCUGCAUAUACUCCUCUGGAUAAGCCCCCCGCGAGGGAGAGUGUUGUCAUUGAACACGCUAUUCCACCCAUGGUGUCUGACGAAGAUUACUUCUUCGAUCGUCCCCGCCCAGAUCGCAUCAGUCUGGUCCCCAUACCCCGCCUUCUUUUAACUUCUGAGUCGGUCUUCACGAUCGGCUCGGCGUCCACCGACACAGAUGAGGAUAUCUCAUCCUUGUCCUCGUCGAGUACUCUUGAGAGUAAUAGUCCUCUCACCCCCGAAACGAAUCCUGCUGAUGGAAAAGGACUGGUGUCUGAUCUCUCCUUGGAGGCAGAUAUCGGUGAGGCUGUUUGCCCAGUGACCCUGAAGAAGGCUCCUUCUGUAGAUAAUAUCACAGAGGAGUCGAUUCAGAUUGUUACUGCCUAGUCUGCAGGACUUGUGUUCGUUUAUACUAUUUGAGGCUGCUGGCAGCGUAGAAUAGAUCCAAAUGAUA